AUGGCGGCUCUAGAAAUGGUGGAGGUGGAGGCAGAGCCCAACAUCAGAGGCCCUGAGGUAGUCACCAUGGGGGAAAAUGACCCUCCAGCAGCCGAAGCCCCCUUCUCCUUCCGAUCCCUUUUCGGCCUGGAUGAUUUGAAAAUAACUCCCGUGGCACCAGAUGCAGAUGCAGUGACUGCACAGAUCUUGUCCCUGCUGCCCUUGAAGUUUUUUCCGAUCAUCGUCAUCGGGAUCAUCGCCUUGAUCCUGGUGCUGGCCGUCGGCCUGGGCAUCUACUUCGACUGCUCUGGCAAGUACAGGUGCCGUUCGUCUUUUAAAUGCAUUGAACUGGCAGCUCGAUGCGAUGGGGUCUCUGACUGCAAGGAUGCGGAGGAUGAGUACAGAUGUGUGCGGGUGAGUGGCCGGAGCGCAGCCCUCCAGGUAUUCACAGCUGCUGCGUGGAGGACCAUGUGUUCUGAUGACUGGAAGAGUCACUACGCCGUCAUCGCCUGCGCCCAGCUGGGGUUUCCCAGCUACGUGAGUUCAGACCACCUCAGGGUGGACGCAUUGGAGGAGCAGUUCCAGAGCGACUUUGUGUCCGUCAAUCACCUCUUGCCAGAUGACAAGGUGACCGCAUUACAUCACUCAGUGUACACAAGAGAGGGCUGUGCCUCGGGCCACGUGGUCACCUUGACGUGCUCAGCCUGUGGGCUGAGAACUGGCUACAGUCCUCGCAUCGUGGGUGGAAAUAUGUCCUCGCUUGCCCAGUGGCCCUGGCAGGUCAGUCUUCAGUUUCAAGGCUACCAUCUGUGUGGGGGCUCCGUCAUCACCCCGCUGUGGAUCGUCACUGCCGCGCAUUGUGUUUACGACCUGUACCUGCCCAAGUCCUGGACAGUCCAGGUGGGUCUCGUGUCCCUGGUGGACAGUCCUGCACCCUCCCAUCUGGUGGAGAAGAUCAUCUAUCACAGCAAGUACAAGCCAAAGCGGUUGGGCAAUGACAUUGCUCUCAUGAAGCUGGCCGGGCCGCUCACCUUCGAUGAGAUGACCCAGCCCAUCUGUCUACCCAACUCUGAAGAGAACUUCCCCGAUGGAAAACUGUGCUGGACGUCAGGAUGGGGGGCCACGGAGGACGGAGGUGACGCCUCCCCUGUCCUGAACCACGCGGCUGUUCCUUUAAUUUCAAACAAGAUCUGUAACCACAGGGACGUGUACGGUGGCAUCAUCUCCCCAUCCAUGCUCUGCGCAGGCUAUUUGAAGGGUGGCGUGGACAGCUGCCAGGGAGACAGCGGGGGGCCCCUGGUGUGCCAGGAAAGAAGGCUGUGGAAGCUGGUGGGUGCGACAAGCUUUGGCAUUGGGUGUGCGGAGACGAACAAGCCCGGGGUCUACACCCGCAUCACCUCCUUUCUGGACUGGAUUCAUGAGCAGCUGGAGAGAGACCUGAAGACUUGA